AUGACCUUUUCAACACCACCACAAAAGAAUAUAAAAGGUGCCAAAAACUUAUCAUCACCUUUCACUGAAAAUAAUAGUACUACCCAUAAAAUAGAAGAACCCCAUCAAAUUAUUUCGCAGAAUAAUAGCUUAGGCCCAGAUCUCAAAUCUAAUGAAUAUUCUGUAUCUAUAUCUUCUUCCUCAGACGAAAGCGAUUAUGCAACCGCGAAUAAAACUAUUGGUGGCUAUUUAGAUGACAGUGAAAAUGAUGCUAGUGAUUUAGAUGUGAUUGAUAAUAAUGGUAAUCCAAUUAUAACAAAUAAAAAACUAACUUUGGAGAAUGUCUCAUUACCUAGGUUUUCUUCAAACUUGGAUGUCUCUAAAACACCGUCUUCAAUACCAUCCGUGACAAGAAGUAAUAAUAAUUUAUUCAAAGAGAUGAUCCAAAAAAAUCAACUAGAAAAUCAUCAAAACAAUAAAAUGACUGAUUUUAAUACAGCUAAAAAUGAUAGCGGUAAUCUAUCUUUUUCAGAAUCCAACACAGAUUUCAAAAAAAACAAAGAGAGCAAAUAUUGUGAUAAUCAGGACAAAGAAAAAAAUAGUAUUAAUCAACUUGAAAAUAUUGAAAUUUUAGAGGUCAGUGAUGUAAGUUCACUUUCAAACGAACAUGAGACAGAUAAAAAUUAUCUGGAAAAAAAAUAUGGAACAACUCAAUUGGCUAUGAAUCAAUCUCAAUUAAAUGAAGAUCAUGAUACAAAAAUCAAAUCUUUACAAACAGCAGAUGAUAGAAAAGGCUAUUGCAAUAAUGCUAGAAACAUAACCUCCAAUGAUGAUAGACUCAAAGAAACUACUAGCAAAAGCAAUAAUAUAAUACUUGAACAUUUAGAUGAUUCUGUAUCAGCUGAUGAUGAAAAGAGAACAAUCUUAACCCUUAAAAAAGAAGGUGAGAACAAUAAAACUCAUGUUGAUGAAAAACAUAAAUAUGAAAGCGAGUUUCAUGGAGUAAAAAAUAAUAGCAACGUUGAUCUUGAAAAUGAAAAUAAUAAAAUCAUUUUUAAAGAACCUUUAAACAAUAGUAAUAAUGAAAUUGCAAACAAAAUGGACCAAAACACAACUGAUAGCGAUGAUGAUGAUGAUGAUGAUGAUUUUUUUUAUGGUCAUUAUAUUUCAGGCCCUAAUUUGGAAGAAGAAAAAGAUUCAAGAGAAAAUAAAAUUCUAAAGGGUAAAGAUAAACAAUCACUUUCGAAAAUACUGACACCGGAUGUUGCUGAAACAGUGAAUAAUAAAAAUGAACCUAAUAGUAACAUAACUGUUAAUAACAAUUCAUUGUCUUCAAAGAAACGUAGUUCGAGCAGGAUAGCCUUGCGUAACUCAAAAUCAGAUGUUGCCACGACUGAUAUUACAUUAAACAAAUAUAAAGAUAUAACAACAGAUAGUGAUUCUGAUAACGAAUUAAUUUUAAGAAAAAAACCAAAGAAAAACAUAGCAAAGCCCAAAAAUCCUGAACUGGAGAAUGAUGAAUUAUUAUACGCUUUGAAUUCAAUCAAGGAAAACAUCAAUAUUUCAACUUCAAGGGCAGCUAUCGAUCAAAAUAUUAGUGAAAAAAACAGAGUAUUUCUACUUACCGUGGAGUCUCUAUUGCCAGAAUUAUCCAACGUCAAGUUGUCAGUUAAAGCGCUUGGCGUACAGCCGUUUAAGUUUAUUAUACCGAUUAUUUUAAAAUCCAUGUUUAAAUUCUAUAAUAAGUCGCAUUUACUAACGUUGUACAAUGAACAGAACGUCUCCUUUUAUAAGGACAAUGUUAAACUAUUGAAUUUUAUGAAUUUAAAUUCAUUAAAUAUCCCAGAGGCGUAUGAGGGUGAAGUUACGGAACUAAAUUUGACACUAGUGUCUAAGGCACACGAAAUUGAUUUUGAAAAUAGAAUUAUUAAUGAUAUCACCAACUUAAAAAAUGCUAGCACUUUAUCGAAAUCCGCUUCAAUGCCUAAUAGUGCAAAUAUAACUGAUAAGACAAUUGAAGAGUAUGAAGAAGCUUUGAAAGAUGCCCCUAGCUUAGAAAACAAAUUGUUAGAAAAUUAUGGCAUGAUGUUAACGGAAAAAUCACAAGAUUCAUUUCCGAUCAUAUUACUGGGCUCUGAUAAUAAAAAGAUAGAAGCACACGUUAAAGAUUUCACCAAGUUAGAAUCUAUUGCAGCAUAUUUUAGAAGAAUGAAAAAUUUAUCACCAAAUCUCAAGGUGCAAUUUAUUUUCGACCAUGAAAAAGUGAACAUGAAAGGUACAGUAAAGGAUAUAGGCUUAGAGGAAAACGAUUUAAUAGAAGUUGUAGCAGAUUUAACAAGGAUCAAUUUAAAUCCCAAAAAGGAUCAAUCAAAUAUAUAUAAGGAAGAUAGCGGAAAUUUAAUAAAGCUUGGUUUACUUGGUGACGAUAAUAAAAAAAUAUAUAUUAAUGCUAGGCCUUCCACAACUAUUAAAAAGAUUGCUAAUUAUUUUAUAGAACAAAAAGGAUAUGCAACUAACACGAAAGUUAAGCUUUUUUUUGAUCAUGAUAUUAUGGCGCUAAACAAAAAAGUGGGUGAUUUUGAUUUAGAAAAUGAUGAUUUGAUAGAAAUUAAAAAGGUCUGA